AUGAGAGGCGUCGUGCCCGCGGUCUUGGAACAGGGUCAUGAAGCCAUCGUUGUCGGCGCAGUUUUCGCAGCCCUUACAACCUUCACGGUUUUCCUUCGAUUUCUGACCAACAUACAAACACGGUCAAAAUUCAGUUGGAGCGAAGGUACAUUACUGCUUGCACAAAUUCUUUACAUUGCGGAGUAUGCAGUGCAGGCGUGGGGACUGGACCACGGGACCAAGAUCAGGAGUGCUACGGAUGGCAGACUUGCCAUUUACUUGCAGUCAAUAUACAUUGGCGCACUCUUCUACUUUCCCGUGAUCUUGUUGACCAACUUAUCAAUCCUUUUCCUUUACAGAAGGCUCUUCCCAGUCGAAUCAUUCAAGCGAUGGUCGGCUAUUCUCAUGGUAUGCCACAUUGUGUGGUUCAUUCCAUCUUUCGUCGUCCAAACAGCCAUGUGCACUCCACCGAGUGUAAUGUGGCAGCGACCCGACCUCAUCAAGGAUAAAUGCAUACCAUACGCCACAUUCUUCAUCGUUGUAUGUUCGUUCGAGUUGGUACUCGAUGCUGCCAUCUUAGCGAUGCCCUGCUUUUACAUUGUGAAUUUACAUCUUCCGUGGCAACGACGAAUGGAGCUGCUUGUAAUUUUCCUCUUGGGUGGGCUCGUCAUCGUCACAGGUGUACUACGAAUCAGACUCAGCAUAGAGCCCGGAUCCACCGCGAUCGACUUCAUGCACGACAUCCUUUGGCUCGAUAUCCACGCCGGCAUCGCACUCGUGUGUGCAUGCCUCCCCACAUAUCGACCCCUCAUCGUCAAGGCCUCGUCGGUCGUAUCUGGUAGCGUAAGCAAGAUCUUCAGCUCCAAGGAUCAGUCGACGGAUGCCAGUUCCAAACCAUCGGACAGCAGCGCGACGCAAAAGCAUGCGAAGAUGUCGGACGGCACAAUCGGAUCGUCCCCUCCGAUGAGGAAAAAGUAUGACGAGCUUGGCAGCAUAGAUGAAGUUGGCCUCGUCGAAAUGGAAACAAAGUCGGCGUAUAGUGCAGUGUCGAGUAUUGUUUGA